AUGGCUAGUCCGGAAGUAACUACUUUAAUGGAAAUGGGUUUUUCUGCUGAAAAAGCAGAAAAAGCAUUAAGCAUUACGGGAAAUAAAGGAGUGGAACCGGCAAUGGAAUGGCUUUUGUCACAUUCAGAUGAUAUAGUGGAAUGUAGUGGUGAUGAAACCAAACAAAAUUCAACAUUAGAAACAACAACAACAACAACAACAGCAACAGAAAAUAAAGGACCUGAAAAUCAAGAUGCUAAAUCAAUUAAAUGUAACGAAUGCAAUCGUUUAUUUGAUUCCUAUUUAAAUGUUGAAUAUCAUGCAGCUAAAUCAGGUCACAGUGAUUUUUCCGAAUCGACUGAUGAAAAAAAACCACUCACGGAAGAAGAGAAAAAAGAACAACUUCGAUUGAUUGAAGAAAAAAUGAAACAGAAGAGAAAAGAAAGAGAAGAAAAAGAAAGAAAAGAUGAAGUUGAAAGAGAAAAAAAAAGAAUUCAAAGCAGCAAAGAAAUAGCAGCAGCUAAAGAAAAAAUGAAAGAAAUAGAAAUGAAAAAAAUGAUAGAGCAAAGAAAGAGAGAAAAAUUGGAAGAUCAAAAAGCUAAAGAAAGAGUUAGAGCACAAAUUGAAGCGGAUAAACUUGCGAGAAAACAAAAGACGGAAAAUCAAAGCAAUUCGUCGACCACAUUAACCUCUGUACAAACAUCUCCACAGACAAAACCUCAAAGAGAUUACAAUGAAGCAAGACUUCAAAUUCGUUUAACAAAUGGUGAAACAUUGACUGAAACAUUUGGAAGUAAAGAACAAUUAUCGGCUGUUAGAUUGUUUAUUGAAAUGCACAGAACUGAUGGUAGCGGGCCCUUUUCAAUGAUGACUAAUUUUCCUAAAAAAAUAUUCAACGAAGAAGAUUUUGAAAAGCCACUGGAAGCAUUAGGUAAAUAA